AGUUUAAAGCCGACUUAUUUAAAGUUUGUAAAGUUUUGGUUUUGUAUUUAUUUUGGUGUUGGACAGCUGAGUUAAGAAAUUAAAAUCGCAAACAAAAUCCUGUUUUAGGAGGGGCUAUUCUUAAAUAUUCACUCAGAAAUCAAUUUUAAAAAGCUCUCUAAAUCACUAUUCCUAUGUGCGUGCAAUAAAACUUCUCACAAAAAUAAAAAACCUCCCUGAAAUAGACGCUUUCUAGACUGGAAGAAAAUCUUAUUUAAUUCAUGCAGUACGAUAAGACAUUUACUAGUAAAUUUAAUUUAGAUGUAUACAUUUUUGUUCAUACUGAAGUGGAACUUUAUUCAUGCAGUCAAAAGCAUUUACACAUAAAGAAACUUUAAAUUUAUCUUCUCUCGUUCAUACGAGAGAAAAACCAUUUUCAUGUAAUGUGUGUUUUAAAGCUUUCACAUGUAAAGCUAGUUUAAAUAAACAUUCUUUUAUUCACACUGGUGAAAAACCUUUUUCAUGCAAAUUUUGUAAUAAGACAUUCUCCGAUUCAUAUUAUUUAAAUAGACAUUCUCUUGUUCAUACUGGAGAGAAACCUUAUUCAUGCAAUGUGUGUUAUAAAGCUUUCACGUGUAAAGCUAGUUUAAAUAGACAUUCUUUCAUUCAUACUGGAGAGAAGCCUUUUUCAUGCAGUGUAUGUAAUAAGACAUUCCCAGAUUCAUAUUAUUUAAACAGACACUCUCUUGUUCAUACUGGAGAGAAACCAUAUUCAUGCAAUGUUUGUGAUAAAGCUUUCACGUGUAAAGCUAGUUUAAAUAGACAUUCUUUUAUUCAUACUGGAGAAAUGCCUUAUUCAUGCAGUAUAUGUAACAAAACAUUCCCAGAUUCAUUUUAUUUAAAUAGACACGCUCUUGUUCAUACUGGAGAGAAGCCUCAUUCGUGCAAUGUGUGUGAUAAAGCAUUUGCUCUGAAAUCUAGUUUAAAUAGACACUCUCUUAUUCAUACUGGAGAGAAACCAUAUUCAUGCGAUGUUUGUGAUAAAAUUUUCUCAUGUAAGGCUAGUUUGAGUAGACAUUCUCUUAUUCAUACAAAAGCGAAACCUUAUUUAUGCGUUGUGUGUAAUAAGACAUUUGCAUAUUCAUCUAGUUUAAAUAGACAUUCUCUUCUUCAUACUGGAGAAAAUGAUGAAGAGAAACCUUAAUCAUUUUAUAAGCAAAAACCGUCUAAACAAUCUCUGCUGUAUUCAUACUGGAAAAAAAGCCUUAUUUUUGUGUUUUGUCUGAUAAAACCUUUGAACAUAAAUCUAAUUUAAAUGCACACUUUCUUGUUCAUACUGGAGAGAGAUCUCAUUCUUACAGUGUAUUCAUGUAUAAAUGCAGUUUUUAAAACAUUCAUGCAAAAAUCUA